AUGGUUCAGGGACCGCUUCAUUCUACACUGAGAAUUCGAGCUGUGUACGUUAACUCGAAGCAAUCGUUGAAGAUGCCUCGUGAAUCUUCAGAAGAACAGUUGAAUGAGUACAAGUCGAAACAAAAGGAUUUUGCUCUAAUCGAUGAACUCGCUCAUUUCGGUCGUGAAAGAAUUCCAGAAAGAGUUGUUCAUGCAAAAGGAGCGGGCGUGAUUUCUAGGAUUGUGAACUCUUUCAUAGAUUUUAUAUUCACCAUGGCAGAAAACAUUGUUCAGAACAAGGUGGAUUUGGCCAAUACAUAUGAUGGUGGAUUGUAUAAUGUGUCUUCAUCGUCAAAAACCGGAGGGCUCUCAUUUAGUUGUGUGAUUGAGCAUAAAGAUAUAGUUGGUACGUUUGAAAGUGGAAGCGAUCUAACAGUUACUUCUGAACUCAAGCCAUCGUUGACCAUCUUAGAUGGAAAGUUUUAUAAGUUCAUUCAAAGUAAGUCCACAAAAUAUAAUUAUACCGCUACUUGCCAAAUAUGUAAAACAGAAGUCAAAGGAGCUCCUCAAUCUAGCCAUAAUUUUAUAUCUCAUUUGAAAAGGAAACAUGGUGAGGAAACCUUUACAAACUACAAAAGAUAUUUAGAAGAAAAGCGGCAGCGGUGUGGUAAAAAGGUAAAUAAUUUUAACUUAACGGAAGAACAAAGAAAUAAUAGUUUAUCAGAAGUAAAAAAUCUUACCCAAGAAGAUUUGGAAGUAAAAAUGUCCAAAUUCGUUGUUCAUUCAAUGAUACCCUUUAGAGCCAUUGAAGACAAAUAUUUCAAAGAAAUUAUGAAAGACCUUGGCAUAGAACAAAUUGGACUUCGACUUCCUUCCAGGCGAUCUAUUGUAAAAAAAGUACAAGAGUUAUUUGAACAAAAUAACAAAAAUAUUAGGACUCAAUUGGAAAAAAUCGAUUACAUUUGUACAUCUGCAGAUAUUUGGUCUGGUAGGCACAAAAGUUUCUUGGGUGUUACGGGCCACUGGAUAGAUCGGGAUUACCAAAGAAAAUCUGCUGCUUUGGCAUGCAAAAGAUUAACAAAAACCCAUACCUAUGACAGAAUAGCCUCUCUGCUCCAAAACAUUCAUUGUGAUUUCGGCUUAACAUGUCCAAAGAUAGUGGCUACCGUUACAGACAAUGCCUCAGAUUUUGUUAAGGCAUUCAAAACUUUCGGUAUAGACCCAAAUGUAAUCGAUUCGACCUGCGAAAAUGGACCACAUAUUUUCUCUGACAAUGACAAUAUUGACCAAAGCUCAACAGAUUCUGAAGAUGAUGAUAUUAUCGAAGAUAUCGGCAGUGGUUCUACCCCAACAUUAUUAACAAACACAUAUUUUAUUCAAGAAAUGAUGAAAACUUUACCAAAUCAUUAUCGUUCAAUGUCACACACAUUACACUUGUGUGCAACUUUUGAUGUAUAUAAUGGACUUACAAAUCAUUCAACAUUAGGUGAAUGCCACAGGCGUGUAUUGAAUAAGUGCAGUGUCUUAUGGAAUUUUGCAUCCAGGCCAAAGACGGCUGAAAUAAUUCAAGAAACAUUAGGUCACAUUCUAUCAAGACCAGAUAAAACAAGAUGGAAUUCAUUAUUCGAUUCUCUUAAGCAGAUAUGCAAAAUAAAAGAUAAAAUUCAUCAUCUCAACAUACAUUUAAAAAUUAAAAGCUGCGAACAACUGAUGGAAGAGGACUUCUUAUACAUCAAUGAAUAUUUACAAUGCUCGGAACCACUAGCCUCUUUAAUAGAUAUUCUUCAGGGCGAAAAAAAUAUUUUCUUUGGGAUGCUCCUUCCUGGACUAGUAGCGCUACGAAGAAAAAUUCAAUUCCUCAGGGAUAGAUCGUGGCUGUAUUGCGCUCCAUUUGUGGAGAUAUAUUCAUCGAGCGUGGAAAAAAGAUUCUAUGAAUUUUUCAGCUUGUCCUCUACAACGGCAGAAUGCGCAGCAGUAGCAGCGGUAUCCCAUCCUUCAUUCAAAAUAAAGUGGCUACCUUGUUUAGAUGUCCAAUUUCAGGAUAAAAUAUUGCUACUGUUCAAAACAGCUGUAUUCAAAGAAAUACUAAGUACAACUAAUGAAAACACAACUUUGUUAUCGGCACAGGGGAAACGAGAAACAACUCCUUCCUACAUGAAUUUCUUUGAUUUUGGAGCAAAUGAUGAACUGUCCGUCACUGAUGAUAGAGAAGCAAAAGCGGAAAUUCAAAUAUCCAAUUACUUUGGCUGUACUUUAACAGAUGUUACAAGUUUGGAAUAUUUCCCAGCUAUAAAGAAAGUGUUCAUUAAGUAUAACACCCCCCUUCCUUCCUCAGCACCAGUGGAGAGACUUUUUUCGUAUGCUACUCUUACUAACAGGCCGAAAGCAAAUCGUGCUUUUGGAUAUUUUGAAGUUAUUCAUGAUGUGACAAAGUACACUAAACUUUCUGUCUUCAGUCAAAUUGGAAAAAGGACACCAAUUGGAGUCCGUUUCUCUACUGUAAGCUGUGAAAGUGGAUCUGCUGAUACAGCAAGAGACCCUCGAGGUUUUGCUGUUAAAUUCUAUGCUGAAGAUGGUAUCUGGGAUGUGGUUGGUAACAAUACCCCCAUCUUCUUCAUAAGGGAUCCAAUUCUAUUUCCUAGUUUCAUCCACACUCAGAAGAGAAAUCCAGUAACACAUCUUAUGGAUGCUGAUAUGGUAUGGGACUUCUUCUCCUUGAGACCUGAGACCACUCAUCAAGUACUCUUCCUGUUCUCUGACAGAGGAACUCCUGAUGGCUAUAGGCAUAUGAACGGUUAUGGCUCACAUACUUUCAAACUCGUAAAUAACAAGGGUGAAAUCCAUUUCUGCAAAUUCUAUUAUAAGACAAAUCAAGGAAUCAAGAACUUGUCAGCAAGCCGAGCAGCAGAACUUGCAGUCUCUGAUCCUGAUUAUGGUAUCAGAGACCUAUACAACGCUAUUGCGAAUAAACAAUACCCAUCCUGGACCUGGUAUCUGCAGGUCAUGACUCCAAAGGAGGCCGAAACCUCUAAAAUCAACCCCUUUGAUGUUACAAAGGUAUGGCCUCAUGCAGAUUACCCACCUAUUCCUGUUGGAAAAAUGGUGUUGGACCAGAAUCCUAAGAACUACUUUGCUGAAGUAGAACAGAUUGCCUUCAAUCCAGCUAAUAUGAUCCCUGGUGUCGAACCUAGCCCAGACAAAUUGCUGCAGGGUCGCCUAUUCUCUUAUUCCGACACCCAGCGCCACAGGCUUGGUGCCAACUACAACCAACUUCCUGUUAACUGUCCAUACAGAGCCAGGAUUUCCAACAGCCAGCGUGAUGGUCCUAUGGCAUUUGAAAAUCAAGAUGGUACUCCAAACUACUUCCCUAACAGCUUCAAUGGUCCACUUCCAGACCCCACAUCAGCUUUAUCCCAGUUUAAUGUUGCUGGUGAUGUUGAAAGGCAUGAGUCUGGUGAUGAGGACAACUUUACCCAAGCCUCCAUCUUCUACAGGAAGGUUCUUAAGGCAGAAGAAAGGAAGAGACUAAUAGAAAACAUAUCCGGAAGUCUGAAGGAUGCUGCUGAUUUCAUUCAGGAAAGAGCACUCAAGAACUUCUCCAAAGUGGAUGAAGAUUUUGGGAGAAUUUUAAAAGAGGCCUUACAAAAACAAACUAAGGCUACCAAACCACAUUUAUAA